GUUGAGUGUCUUCUUGGGAAUGUAAAAUGAAAAAUGCAAAACAACAACCUCUCUCAUAUCGUUCUUACUUCAAGUUGUCUUGAAGUCUUAGUUCCUUUGUUCUUUACCUCUCACGGGACUGGGUCCUCCUAACUUCCGUUUGGUGAGUUAGUUUGCUAUCCUGUUACCUCAGCCUUACUACCCUGCACUGGUUCCCAGCAUCUGCUAGGGCUAAGGGCUUCAGAGCUGAAGUCAGACGACCCUGCAAGCAUCCUGGAUACUCCGCGGGAAUGAAGACCCUACAAGUCAGCUCAGGGUGGACGCCGGACCCCCUUCUAGAGCCCAGCUCGUGUGUCUCGCCUUGUUCCCCCACCACUACCCCCAGCAACAGCUCGCAAACAAUGGAAGUUGCUAGCCUGGCAGCCACUACUGGACCUGCCCCGAGUCGGCGCGGGCAUGGGGUUGAGGGCUACCCCGCAAGCUCUCCCCAGCAGCCAGAGCAGAUGAGGCGCAGGAACCUCGAGGGCGACCUGAUGAUGCUUCAGGGAAGUGGCCACUGGGCGCGCAAGCGGGAGACCCGGGCGAAGCGGCCCUUGGCGCGAGCUGGGGGCCGGAAGGGAGCUCUGGAUUUCGGUCCCUCCCCUUUUCCCUUCUGUGUCUUGGAGCACCGGGGCCCUCAGACCCUCUUGCUGUCAGGUACCAGCCUGGAGGAGAGAGUAUCUCUCCUCCAAGCCCCCCACCAUGGGUAAUGUCUCUAAAGACUCCGGGCGGAUAGAGUUCUGCGAGAGUAGACAGUGGCUCCACCCGGAGGAUAGCCCAGCCAUCAGUUCGGUGAUGUUCUCGGCCGGGGUUCUGGGGAACCUUAUUGCGCUGGCGCUGCUGGCACGCCGUUGGCGCGGGGACACAGGGUGUAGUGCCGGCAGCAGGACCUCUAUCUCCUUGUUCCACGUGCUGGUGACAGAGCUGGUGUUCACCGACCUGCUGGGGACCUGUCUCAUCAGUCCGGUGGUCCUGGCUUCCUAUGCGCGGAACCAGACACUGGUGGCCCUGGCUCCCGAGAGCCGUGUGUGCACCUAUUUCGCCUUCACAAUGACUUUCUUCAGUCUUGCCACAAUGCUCAUGCUCUUCGCGAUGGCCCUGGAGCGCUACCUCUCCAUCGGACACCCUUACUUCUACCGGCGCCGCUUCUCGCGUCGCGGGGGCCUGGCGGUGCUGCCAGUCAUUUACGCUGUCUCUUUGCUCUUCUGUUCCCUGCCGCUGCUCAACUACGGGGAGUACGUCCAGUACUGUCCCGGGACAUGGUGCUUUAUCCGGCACGGGCGGACUGCAUACCUGCAGCUCUACGCCACGGUGCUGCUGCUGCUCAUCUUAGCGGUGCUCGCCUGCAACUUUAGCGUCAUUCUUAACCUCAUCCGCAUGCACCGUCGGGCCAGAAGAAGCCGCUGUGGAUCAUCCAGCGGUGGCCUGGGUGGCCCUGGGUCGCGCAGGAGAGGAGAAAGGACUUCGAUGGCGGAGGAGACGGACCACCUCAUUCUCCUGGCCAUUAUGACCAUCACCUUCGCCAUCUGCUCCUUGCCUUUCACAAUCUUUGCUUAUGUGAAUGAAACCUCUUCCCGAAAGGAAAACUUGGACCUCCAAGCUCUUAGAUUUUUAUCAAUUAACUCUAUAAUUGACCCUUGGGUCUUUGCCAUCCUUAGGCCACCGGUCCUGAGACUAAUGCGUUCAGUCCUCUGUUGCCGGAUUUCAUUGAGAACACAAGAGGUUUCACAGACUUCCUGUUCUGCCCUGUCCAGUGCCACUAAACAGACCGACCUUUGUAGACAGUUAUGAGGAUGCACUUUACACAGGGGCCUCUGCAAAGGCCUUUAAACAGCUUCCUUGGAGAAACGUGAAGAGCUGGCGUAGGAACAAAAUGAAACUGCAAGGCCCUUCGCGGAUGAUCUCAGAAGGAUGUCUACAGCUCAUGCUAUGUGGCCUUUGUAGGACAACCAGCUGCGUCUAAGACCCAGUUGAUUUAGGCUUUCCUGCUGAAUAACCAAGCAUGUGCUUUUGUAAUUUGUUUAAAGCUCUACGUGGUUACUGUCUCCUGUUUUAAAUUUUGAUGCCACUGCUGUUAUAAAUGCAGUGUGCAGUCAGGCCAAACGAAACUCAUUCUCUAGGAAGUCACUUCGUGCAAGCGAUGAAGCAAUCGAGACAGACAAGUUGCUGUCUUGUGAUUGCUUAAUGGACACUAUUUGGACCAUGAACUUGAAAGUCAUUAGUCCCAUUUACUGCAACGUUGUAACUUUGUGCCUGAGGGAGUCCUCUCCAGUCACGACUGUGCCACCCUGAGAGGGCUGCACUGAUCUGGUUAAGGCCGGUUUGGUUCACCUUUCCCCUCGGAGCCUUGUCCUGGUAUCAAGUUAUUUAUUCUGUGUUGUCUAUUGUGAUGAUGCUACUGAAGAAGACUAGAAAUUUCCUUCUCAAAAAUAAAUGGUAAAAGAAUUAAUUCUAA